CGCAGCACCGGAGAGCAGCGUCUCCUCUCCUCAGAGCACCAGGACUCGCGCACCGGAGAACACCGGAUCACCGGAGCGGCUUGGCUGAUGAUGGAGCGGCGGCGGAGAGCGUCCCUCGCGCUGCUGCUGAAUCUGCUGGCUCUGCUCCUCGCCGUGUCCGCGCUCAGCUCCAGCUACUGGUGCGACGGAGAGCGCAAAGUGGUGAAGCCCUUCUGCACCGGCCCGGUGACCGGCAAACAGACGCACUGCAUCCGGUACAACAGCUCCAACGCCAACGACAGCCGCCUGGUGCAGUACAUCUGGGAGACCGGCGAGGAUAAGUUUGUUCUCCGGAAGUUCCACACCGGCAUCUGGUUCUCCUGCGAGCAGAACGUCGACCUUGUCGGUGAGAAGUGCAGGAGCUUCAUCACUGUCGCUCCUCCUCACGAGAGAGGGGUUUUGUGGCUCUGCAUUGUGGCCGAGUGUCUGUACAUCCUCCUGCUGGCCACUGGAGGGAUUCUCAUGUCCAUCGAGGUCUGCCAUAUUGGAAACGUCAUCGACGGACUCAAACUGAACGCAUUUGCAGCGAUAUUCACUGUGUUAUCAGGUCUUCUAGGAAUGGUGGCACACAUGAUGUUCACCACUGCGUUCCAGCUGACCGUCAGUCUGGGCCCCGAGGACUGGAAACCGCAGCACUGGGACUACAGCUGGUCAUACAUUUUGGCGUGGAGUUCGUUCACAGCCUGCAUGGCGUCCUCCGUCACCACCAUCAACAGAUACACUAAAACCAUCCUGGAGUUCAAGCACAAGCGCAGGAACAUGGAGAAGAACCUGAAGAUCAAGCAGAAGCUGCUGGACCUGGAGUCUCCGGAGCAGGUGUGGGACAUGUUCAUCAGCUCCGUGCCCAGCUCCGCCGAGGAAUUCCUGGAUCUGUCGGCUUCAGGACGCAAGCUGUCGGCCGGAUCCGUCUUUCUGGACCUCAACGAGCUGCCGAGUCCACAGGGAGAGGAGUACUGCUGAAGAAGACCACCAGAAGAUCACUCCUGCUUUUAAAGGGGCAGUUCAUGCAGAAAUCAACGUUUGCUCAUCAUCAAGUGGUUUCAAGCCUCUGGGUUUAGUCGCUUUUUUACUUUUUGAAUGUAAAAAGAAGAUACAGUGCUUUGUGAAAGUUUGUGAACCCCCUGCAGAAUCGCUGAAAAUGUCAAUAGUUUCACAGGGAGAGAGAGAGAGAGAGGAGUACUGCUGAAGAAGAGCACGCAGAGCUCCAUUCCUGCUUUAAAAGGGACAGUUCACACUAAAAUGAAUAUAUUUACUCACCGUUUACUCAUCAUGAAAUGGUUUCAAGACCCCGAGUUUAGUCUCUUCUUUCUUUUUGAACACAAAAGAAGAACCGUGUUGUGCAAAGGUUUGUGAACCCCCUGCAGAUUCACUAAAAUGUGAUUAAUUUUGACAAAAUAAGAGAGAUCAUCACACUGAAUGCAUGCUAUUUUACUGUCCUGAGAAAGAUAUUUAAUGUUUAUAGUCCACAAGACAUAAAAAUAACUGAGAUUGCUAAAAUAACCCAAAAUGCAAAAGUUUGUGAACCCCUACAAAAGCACUGAAAAUGUCAGGAUUUUAACUAAAGUUAGAUUGUACUAAAUGCAUCUUAUUUUUUAAUUAUUACUGUCCUGAGUAAGAUAUUUUGUUUAUGGUCCACAAGACAUAAAAACUGCAGGAAUUAUUAAAAUAACCCCGUGCAAAAGUUUGCAGAAUCACUGAAAAUGUCAAUAAUUGCAGUACUGCUGAAGAAGGCCAUGCAGAGCUCAAGCCUGCUUUUUAAGGGGCAGUUCACACUAAAAUCAACAUUUACGCAUCAUUAACUGGUUUCAAGCCUCUGAGUUUAGUCGCUUUUUUUACUUUUUGAGCACAAAACAAGUUACAGUGUGAUGCAUCACUUAAAAAUCUGAUUAAUCUUGACAGAAUAAGCGAGAUCACACUUAAUGCAUGUUACCUUUUUAAUUAGUACUGUCCUGAAUACAAUACUUUAUGUUUAUAGUCAACAAGACAUUGAGAAACUAGCUGAAAUUCUGAAAAGUUUGUGAACCCCCUGCAGAAUCCCUGAAAAUGUCAAUAGUUCCACAGGGAGAGAGUACUGCUGAAGAAGAGCACGCAGAGCUGUGUUCCUGCUGGAGGUUUCAACUCUGAGCUGAGUUUUUUUGACACAAAGCAAUUUAAAGUGUUGUGCAGCAAAAGUUUGUGAACCCUUUGCAGAAUCAAAGAGAUUAUACUAAAUAUAUGCUAUUUAUAACGUUUAGUACUAUCCUGAGUAAGAUAUUUUACAAAAUGAAAUUAAUUGCAAGACAAAAACAUAAUUAAUUAAAAUAACCUGUGCGAAACCAGGGUUAUUUUGUAAACCACUUGGAGAAAAAAUUAAAUAAGAGAGAUUGUACUAAAUGCAUGCAUUCAUUUAUUCAUUUUCUUUUCGGCUUAGUCCCUUUAUUAAUCAGGGGUCGCCACAGCGGAAUGAACUGCCAACGAAAUACAUGUUUUAAUACUGCCUUAAGACAUUUUAUGUUUAUAGUCCACAUGACAAAAAAAUAGCAGAAAUUAUUAAAAUAACCCCAUGCAGAAGUUGCAUGAAUCACUGAAAAUGUGAAUAAGUUUAACUCACUGUUGUUUUUAUAUAGCACUGUCCUGAGUGAGAUCAUUUACAUAAAACCUGUUAACAUAUAGUUCACAAGAUUACAAUUAUUAAAUAAAAUAACCUUGUGCAGAGUCUGUGAAAUGUCAAUAAAUUUGAGAAAAGAUAACAAAACUAUUUGAAAUUCUAAAACUAACCCUGUUCAAAAGUUUGUGAACCCCCUGCAGAAUCACUGAAAAUGUCAAUAGUUUCACAGGGAGAGAGAGAAGUACAGAUGAAGAAGAGCACACAGAGCUCUGUUACUACUUUUAAAGGGGCAGUUCACACUAAAAUCAACAUUUGCUUACUUGAGCAAAAAUACAGAAUCACAGAAAAUGGGAUUAAUUUUGACAAAAUAAGAGAGAUCUUAUUAAUUUUUUUAGUAGUACUGUCCUGAGUGAGAUAGUUUGUGUUUAUAGAGCACAAGACAUCAAAAAAUACCAGUUAUUGUUCAAAUAACCCUGUGCUAAACUUUGUGAACCCCUUGCAGAAUCACUGAAAGUCUAAUUAAUUCGAACUAAAUUAGACAACAUACAAAAACUUCUUAUAAUUCUUUAGUGUUCAACAUAAGAAAGAAACUCUUUCAGUUUUAGAACUGCUAGUGGGUGAAAUAUUUUCAUCCUCAGGUCUUCUGUUUUGUGUAAAGCCUUGUAAAAUCAACAUGGAGAAUCAAAAUUGCUGAAGAUAUUCAUUAUUAAAAUGUAUUAAAAUAAGUGAGGUUAUGCCCAAAAUACCACACAUCUGCCAAGAAUGUCACUUAAGAAUGUUUAUGUUGGAAAAUAAGACAAAACUGAGGCAGAGCUUUACUUUUUGUUUUGUUUAUUUAUUUAUUUAUUUAUUUAUUUAUUUAUUUAUU